GUGCGUCCUUUGGGGGCGGAGCUCUUGGUCCGAAGCUCUGGCUCGAAGCUCUCCUCGAAGAUGGCGGCGCUCAGGUUGUCCGGCGUUACCAGAAGAGGCCUCACGUGGAUAGUCUUAGGGGCGCCACGCAGAGAAUUUUGGUCUCAGUUCAGAAAAGAGAAACAGCCAGUGGUCGCUGAGACAGUAGAAGAGGUGAAGAAAGAACCUAUCCUGGUGUGUCCACCCUUACGAAGCCAAACAUACAUACCACCUGAAGAUCUCCAGAGUCGUUUGGAAUCUCAUGUCAAAGAAGUUUUUGGCUUAUCUGUUCCCUGCAGCUGGCAGGACAUAUCCCUGGAAGAUGUUCAUCUGAAGUUCAGUUUCUUGGCACGUGUGGCUGAUGACUUGGGCCAUGCAGUGCCUAACUCCAGGCUUCACCAGAUGUGCAGGGUCAGAGAUGUUCUUGAUUUCUAUCAUGUGCCUGUUCAGGAUAGAUCUAAAUUUGAUGAACUUAUUGCCAGUAAUCUGCCUCCCAAUUUAAAAAUCACUUGGGGUUACUGAGUAGUUCAGAAGAGGAACAAACACAUUGGAAUCAUUUUAUUUCCCUGUUUAUCAGACUAUUUGAUACUUUUCCAUGUGAAAUGCUGUCAGAACUGUUCUCUAAACCCACCUUUUUUGUGGAAGAAUGUAUUAUCUUUUUUUAAUAUCAUGAAUUGAAAAAUAGCAGGAUUUUCUCUUUUUGCAUUUGCUGAAACUUUUCUUUUUUUAAUAGUACCAGGUUAUUAAUAAUUUAUGGAAAUAUUCUUUUCUGGAAGACACCAUAAUUAACUUGGGUUUAACAUAUAAGGCUGUUACAUUUCAGAUGUGGUCUUUAUUUUUUUUUUAUUGAGGUAUUGUCAGUUUACAAUGUUGUAUCAGUUUCUGGUGUACAGCACAAUGCUUGAGUCACAUGAAUAUACAUAUAUUCUUUUUCAUAUUCUUUUUCACCAUAAGCUACUAUAAGAUGUUGAAUAUAUUUCCCUGUGCUGUACAGUAAGAAAUGGGCUGCAUUUCUUGCUCCAUCUUGUCUGGUUGUGGGAAUUUGGGCAAGUUACUAAGAACCUCUAAUCCUCAGUUUAUUCAUCUAUUAAAUAAUAGUAUAGUGAUAGUUCUCCAUAAUGUUAUUGUGAGAAUUAAAGGAGAUAGUAGAAGCCAGCAACUUAUUAGAGUAACUGGAAACACUGAACAUUCAAUAAAUGUCAGCAAUUAUUAUUAUCACCUUCUCUAAUAAUUAUUAAAUCACCAUACCUAACCAGACAGAUCAUCUGUAUUUCUUUGAAGAGUAGGUCUGAACUUUUAGUUACUUGAGAAGCCUUAAACAUAAUGCUGUAGUACUUUCUAAUCCACAUAUUUUCUUUAAAUUUUAAAAUGUGCUUUGCUGCUAGAAUAAGGUUAAUGCAUAUUAGCCUGUAUUUAUUGCUAAUAAUUUUUCUUAGUAAAAACUGAUCUAAGUAAAAUCAAUUCUCUGUACUACAUCCUUUUUCAUAGAACGAUCACCAAAAUACGAUCAAAAUUACAAUAGUAAGAUGAGCAACAAUUACUGACAAUCUACUGAUACACUGAAUUUUAAAAUAGCUAUUUUUGAUGCAUGUAAUGGAAUUGUCCUUGAAUUAUCAAAUAGGCCUUGUUAUCAUUGUGCUAGCCCUCUGCUUGGCUUAGAUGACAAAUGAUGAGGUUCUGUGAUUCUACUUUUCACUUUCUUAGCCUGGUUCCCCUUAUAUGUGCCGCAUGACUUUUCUACUGUUGUUCUCCAGUAUCACAUAGACAGCUAGUUAAUGACUACGCCACGCCUGGAAACCAGAUUUCUUUCCUGGGCUCAGAAUACUUCCAUUAAACCUGCUUCACACUGUCUCUUCUGUGGGAUGAUAGAUCUCAGAUACCUCAGUUCCUUGAAGGUCUAAUUUCUCCAUCUGUUGAUUUGAAGUAUCUUCUAAGGCCUCUAAAUUCCCUGAUCCCAAAUUUGCUGCAGAAGUUUUAAUGAGAGUUAGUGUUCUGUUAAAGGCCAGAAAUAAAUUAGAUAAAGCCUGCA